CCCGGCCGGGAAGCGGGUUCGUGCGUCAGCCUCACGCGCCGGGAAGGAAGCCGGCCCGAGGCCCCGGGCGGCAGGCGCGGGUGCCGCGGCACGUCCGCAGGCUCUGCCGGGUGGUGGCGGCCGCUGAGAGGCUGGAGAGCCGAGGGCGGGCCUGGGAGGCGGCCCGGAGGUGGGGCACCGCCGGGGUGCGGCCUGCGCCGGCUUCAUCUGAGGGCGCACGGCCUGCGCCCAAGUGCUGAGGACUCCGGGGCGCGGGGCGACGGGCGGCCUGAGCGGCUAUGGGCCGAGGCUGGGGCUUCCUGAUCGGCCUCCUGGGCACCGUGUGGCUGCUCGGCUCGGGCCACGGCGGGCAGCAGUCUCCGGAGACGGCGGCGCAGAGGUGCUUCUGCCAGGUUAGUGGUUACUUGGAUGAUUGUACCUGUGAUGUUGAAACCAUUGAUAGAUUUAAUAACUACAGGCUUUUCCCAAGACUGCAAAAACUUCUUGAAAGUGACUACUUUAGAUAUUACAAGGUAAAUCUGAAGAAGCCAUGUCCUUUUUGGAAUGAUAUCAGCCAGUGUGGAAGAAGGGACUGUGCUGUCAAACCUUGUCAAUCUGAUGAAGUUCCUGAUGGAAUCAAAUCUGCAAGCUACAAGUAUUCUGAAGAAGCCAAUAAUCUCAUUGAAGAAUGUGAACAAGCUGAACGACUUGGAGCAGUGGAUGAAUCUCUGAGUGAGGAAACACAGAAGGCUGUUCUUCAGUGGACCAAGCAUGAUGAUUCUUCAGACAACUUCUGUGAAGCUGAUGACAUACAGUCCCCUGAUGCUGAAUAUGUGGAUUUGCUCCUUAAUCCUGAGCGCUACACGGGUUACAAGGGACCAGAUGCGUGGAAGAUAUGGAAUGUCAUCUAUGAAGAAAACUGUUUUAAGCCACAGACAAUUAAAAGACCUUUGGCUUCUGGUCAAGGGAAAAGUAAAGAGAACACUUUUUACAGCUGGCUAGAAGGCCUCUGUGUAGAAAAAAGAGCAUUCUACAGACUUAUAUCUGGCCUACAUGCAAGCAUUAAUGUGCAUUUGAGUGCAAGAUAUCUUUUACAAGACACCUGGUUGGAAAAAAAAUGGGGACACAACAUUACAGAAUUUCAACAGCGGUUUGAUGGAAUUCUGACUGAAGGAGAAGGUCCAAGAAGGCUGAAGAACUUGUAUUUUCUCUACUUAAUAGAAUUAAGGGCUUUAUCUAAAGUGUUACCAUUCUUUGAACGCCCAGAUUUUCAACUAUUCACUGGAAAUAAAAAUCAGGAUGCAGAAAACAAAAUGUUACUUCUGGAAAUACUUCACGAAGUCAAGUCAUUUCCUUUACAUUUUGAUGAGAAUUCAUUUUUUGCUGGGGAUAAAAAAGAAGCACACAAACUAAAGGAGGACUUUCGACUGCAUUUUAGAAAUAUUUCAAGAAUCAUGGAUUGUGUUGGUUGUUUUAAAUGUCGACUGUGGGGAAAGCUUCAGACUCAGGGUUUGGGCACUGCUCUGAAGAUCCUGUUUUCUGAGAAAUUGAUAGCAAAUAUACCAGAGAGUGGACCCAGUUAUGAAUUCCAUCUAACCAGACAAGAAAUAGUAUCAUUAUUUAAUGCAUUUGGAAGAAUUUCUACAAGUGUGAAAGAAUUAGAAAACUUCAGGAACUUGUUACAAAAUAUUCAUUAAAGAAAAUGAGUUGAGAUAUGCCUGUUUCUGGACAAUGGAGGCCAAAGAGUGGAAUUUCUUUCAAAGGCAUAAUAUAAUAGCAAUGACAGACUUAAGCCAAACAUUUUAUAUGAAGCUGCUUUUGUAAAUGGAGAAUUAUAUUGUUUUAAGUAAACAAAUUUUUUUUAAAAAUUGUGCUAAGUCUAUGUAUAAUGCUAUUGUGAGUAAAAGUAAUACUUUGAUAGUGUGGUACAAAUUUUUAUGUUUAAUAUUGAAUCAAAGCAGGAUUAUCAAAUUCAUGUGUGAUAAAAUUAACUGAAUAGUGUUUCAAUUCAUCUCUCAAACUAGAGUUUUGUGUAAGAAGAUGUAAUAUAAAUAAAACUAUGGCAAAUGUGACAAGUACUUACUAAGGAGGCUCAUGAAUGACCCAUAAUCAACAGCUUAGAAUUGUUUAAUACAUUUAGGGUCUCCAGAUUUAGCAAAUAAAAAUACAGAAUGCAAUGUUAGAUUUGAAUUUCAGAUAAACAAUUCAUUUUUAAAAUAUAAGUAUGUAGUAUGCAAUAUUUGGUACAUACUUAUAUUUAAAAUCAUUCAUAAUAUGUUUGAAAUUCAAAUUUAACUGGGAGUCCUGUGUUUUAUCUGGCAACCCUAAACUACAUUGGUAUGAAACAAAUCACUUUUAGAAUUAUAUUGAUAUUUUGACUGGAUUGUUUUGCUGUAUAGAAAAGUACAAUAACAAGUCAAAGGAAUGUAGGAUUUCUAAACAUUGGGAAAA